UUGUGUGAUUGAUGGUCACCUCCCAGCAGUGCUCCAUGGACUCUCCCCUCCUCCUCCCGCUCCCUCUCUCUCCUCUCUGAGCAGGAAUGUAAGAUCUGGAGUCCGCUCAGUCGGUGUCUCAGCGCCGCAGAGGAGCGAAUCAUCUUCGCUUGCGAUUAAAAAUAUUAACAAGGAGGAGGAAGUGAUCUGUGUGCGGAUACUCACUACGAUCCCCAUUUUCAAAAAAAAAAAAAAAAGGACUUAAUUAUUUGCUCGAUCGUAAUUGUUUUUCCUCAUUUUCUCGACUGGAGAAAAGUUUGCGUGCAGACCAGCUGGAGUCCGCAGAUCAGACACCGAGCGCACCUUGGACCCGAAGUCUUCCAACAUGGAUCCAGACUCAGCGAGAAGGUGAAGCCUGCACGUGUUAAAUGCUCACUCCACGCCUUCCAGCAACACAGCGACUGCUCAUCUAACCGCCCUCCCUUCAGCGACCGUGUGAACCACUCGUGGACCGUUCGCAAUGGCGUCCAGCCUGACAUGUUCGGGCGUUAUCUGGACCCUGCUGUCCCUGCUGUGCGCCGCCGCCUCCUGCGUCGGCUUCUUCAUGCCCUACUGGCUGCUGGGCACGCAGAUGGACAAGCCCGUGUCCUUUGGCACGUUUCGCCGCUGCUCCUACCCGGUGAGAGACGAGGAGAAGCAGAUGACGGUGAUGGUGGAGCAGUGCGGGCGCUACGCGUCUUUCCACGGCAUCCCGAGCCUGGAGUGGAGGAUCUGCACGGUGGUGACGGGCGUGGGCUGCGGCCUUCUCCUGCUGGUGGCGCUCACGGCGCUCAUGGGCUGCUGCAUCUCUGACCUCAUCUCGCGCACGAUUGGACGCGUGGCUGGCGGCAUCCAGUUUGUUGGAGGUGAGCACAAGCGAUGUCGGGUUUCUGUAGAGUCCAUCUGCGAUUACCGGCUUCUCUGGUGGAGAUCUUUGAAUAACAGAACUUCUUUCGUUGCGGUUUGCUGUUUAUUAGAGACGCCAUAUUCUAUGAAGUUUAUAAAAAAAAACGAAGAAGUUUGUACUGAGUUGAGUUCAUUUCAAAUUGCUUGCAACACAACGUGAAACUAAACCCCAGAGAGAGAGAAAUAUGGCGGUGCUUUUCUUUGGCGAUCAGCCCAAGCCAUGUUUUCCUCUGACUCUCAGCA